AUGGCCCACAGCGGUGCUGGCCAAGGACACCCGCCCGACCUGAAGAUCAACCUCAUCUACCCUUGCACCGACCAGCAUCUCAAAAAGUACGCCGCACAAGCAGUUCGCUAUGUGACAGAGACCNCCGACGUCUACCGCGACCACGUCCGCCCCUACAUGCAGAGCAAGCGCGACCAAGGACGACUGAACUGGGUCUUCAACAUUCUCGACGGCCGCACCGAGCAAGAAGAUGUCCUGUUUCGCUCUCCCCACGACACCACUACCGACGAUGAAAGAUAUCUGUUGCUUCCAGACUUGAAUUGGGACCGUAAGACGCUGGGGAGCCUACACUUGCUCGCUCUCGUCGAGCGCAGAGACAUUUGGAGUCUUCGCGACCUCAAGAAGAAGCAUGUCGCCUGGCUCAAGUCUAUUGUUGCCGAUAUUGCAGCCACCGUCUCUCGUCUGUACAGCAUAGAUUCGGACACGCUCAAAUGCUAUGUGCAUUGUAUGUUGCUUUUGUCUGUGCCUACUCGCCUUCUACUCAUGCUGACAACACUUCCAGACCAACCAACUUACUACCAUUUCCACAUCCACAUCGUCCACGUAUCGCUCGAAGCCGGUGCUACACAGGCUGUAGGUAAGGCUCUAUCGCUCGACAAUAUCAUCUCUCAGCUGGCCACCAUGGCUGGCGAUGAAGAAGCCGGCAUGGACGAUGUUGAUUUGUCCUUUACCUUGGGCGAGGCCAGUGAGCUGUGGACCGAUGUGUUUUUGCCUCUAAAGGAAAAGCGUUUACAAUAG